GAAACUUUCUCCUUGAUCAUGUUUGGUCGUGGAACUGCGGAGCAGUUCUUAUUCUGACCAUCGAAUUUUUUUCUCUCAAUUUUGCUUUUCAAAAAAAAAUUUUUUUUUUUCCUUUUGAGUUUAGGUGUUUGUAAAUUUCAAAAUGUUAGAAGGUACUUUGUCCGUCUAUGCUUUUAUUGUGAUUUUUCCAUUAGCUGUGAUAGGAGGCCUGAUAUUCUUAAUUAGGAAUUUCAUUCGAACGACCGAAUACUGUGACGCGGACGCUAGAUUCGAUGGAAAAACUAUCGUUGUUACAGGUGGCAGUAGUGGCCUUGGCCGUGCACUUUCAGUUGAACUUGCGAGGCGAGGAGCCCGUGUCAUCGUGGCCUGCCGGACGAAGGCCCGCAGAGAUUCCACUGCCUUCUUCCUUAGGAGUAAAACUGGAUCUUUCAAUGUCCGAAGUAUGUUCAUGGACCUGACCAGUCUGGACUCAGUGUAUGAUUUUUGCCAAGAGCUUGUGGAUACUGAAGAACGGAUUGAUGCAGUCGUCAAUAAUGCCGCUACUCUUUGUCCACAAGGCAAGACAUCUGACAACUUGGACUUGAUGCUUGGUGUCAAUUACGUGGGACACUUUCUCUUGACAAACCUACUUUGCGAGAAGAUGUUGAAGCACGGAACGUCUAGCUGUCCGGCACGCAUCGUUAACGUAGUCUGUGGCAGUUUUCGUUCCGGUCAUAUCGUCCGCAUGGAUGAGCUAGAAGGGAAAACGGAAGGAAGUUAUGACAUGAGAAAGAUUUACCGAAGCAGCAAACUGGGUCUGCACUUGUUCACCAAAGAACUCGCGAAUAAGUACAUCGAAGAAGGAAUUAUUGCCUUUUCUGCUGACCCAGGUUAUGUGAAUACUGGCCUGUAUCGGCAUCUAGAAGGACCUUUUGGCAAACUGAACCAAACUUGUGCCAAGGCCCUCUACCGUACCACCGAAGAAGGAAUCCAAACCAUCCUUCACUGUUUGUCAUCAAGAGAUGUUCUCAAGGAUUCAGGAAGGCUGUUCAAAGACUGUCGCUCUCAUGAUGUGCGAAAUUCUGAGUGGACAGAAAAGAACAUCAAAGAAUUCUGGGACAGAACUUCUGAGUUGAUCCUCUCUAAAGGUAUUAAAUUACAGUUGGGUGCUGCAGAUGAUGAAGAGGAGGAUGAAAAAGCAGACAAUAGUGCAGAAAUUUCAGAACACCAGGAAUGAACAGCUGAUAAUCCAUUUCCGGAUUAUGUAAUGAAGGUGUGAGCAUGAUUAUAAAUCUCAAAUAAUGCCAUCAAAAUUUAGUUAACAUGUUUGUGAAUUGCAACCUUUUUUUACAUGCAAGAAAUGUGAGAAUUUUUUUUCUUUGAAUGGGAAAUUUUUUUAAAGUUAAAUUAUAUACAAAGCCAAAAACAAUGUUUUUUCUUAUUUUAAAUAUGCAGAUUUGGAUUUAGAGCAAUAUUUAUUAUUUUUAAUUAUGCAAUGCUCUUUUGUGAAUGUCUAUGCUCUAACUUUUCUUCACGUUUUCUACUUGUUGUAAGAUGCACUGUAAAAUACGAACAAACAAAUCAAUUUUCAGCUUCAGCUAUAUAAUGGAAAAGGUUUUAAAUUGUAAUAACUUUGUUCAGUAGAAAAUAAAUAUUUGCAUUUUGUAAACAGAGUUACUACCACAUAUAUUUCAGCACAUGUUCUAAAGCAUAUACUUUCACUCUGAUAUGCAUCCUUAAAAAUUAUUUGAAUCAAGACUUCUCAGAACUAUAAACCAUAUUUUUUAGAACACCACUAUCUAAUGUACACAACACAUUUAUAGAGUAUUGAGUUACAAUCAGUUAGUUUGUAACACUGUAGUGAUCUCGAACAGCAAAUAUAACAGUUGCAAAUUUCAAGGUUCGUACGCACGUUUUCACAUGGAAAUUUAAUUACUUUUAAGGACCAUCAAUGAAAAAAAUUAAAGACCUAUCAAGAAAAUAGGAACUCAGUAAACUAAAGCAAUUAUCUACACCCGAACUUCACUUUUGCAAUUUUUAAGAAUAAAAUAAAUUUGUAAGUAGGAUUACAUUACUAUUAAACAUAAUCUAAUAUUUAAUUACAAAACAAAUUCAAGAAUAAAAUUGACUUCACAAAUAUUUUCAAGUAAUUAGCAUUAAAUUAUAAAACUUCUUGAAACAUUUAUAUUUUACAUUUAUAAUAGUCCCACAUAUUUUAAAUAAAAGAUAAAGUGGCGUUUUAUUAAAGUUGUGCUAACAGUUAGCUUUAUACUGAUUCUUUCUUUUAUACUUCAUUUCGUCAAGCAGUCGCUCAGUCCAGAGGUACAUAGAAAAUUUAUGUCAAGGGACAUAAGUUGAACUGUGAAGUAUAAUAAUAAUCAGCAUGACUCCUAACAGAAACUUAACUAUUGCCACCACAGUUGCUUGCUUAAGGGACAAAGAGCCGCUGAUCAGAACAGACGUGAACGUCCGACGUUGCUUAAUGUUGAAACUUAGUGUCAUAGCCUCGUAUAGAGUUGCUGAAGUUGUAAUCCAAUUAAUACACGAUAUUUAAUAUAAAGUUCCAAUAAAUCACUGGAGUACCAGAGAUGAUAGCUUGCUUUGCAUUAUUUUAAGUCUCAUUAUAUGUAAGGAAUAAAGUUUUAUGCUAGUUUUA